CUUCCAUCACGCCUGUCAUCCCGUAGAGCUUGCAUGUCCCUACGGAGGAUCUUAUGCUCCUAACGUUCAAAGUCCAAUGUAGAUGGUGAAUAGGUGCUCCGACAAAGAAAACCAUCGGGCUUGGGGUUAUCAAUAUCAUUUAAAACCGGGAAUAUCGCCGACAUCAUAUACUCAGUACUGCGGGAAAAGUAGUAUUCCCACUACUGCUCUCCGCAGGUCUGCCGCUGGCUGUACUUGCGGACAUCAGAAACUCUGCAACGGGCCGUUUUACACUAUGGUCUUUCAAAAAUCAUUUUAGAAGACACCGCUAGGUCUUGUGAAACUUUCCAGACCGACCGACAAGCACCCCAAAUUUCAAAUUCUGAUACUCUACGAAACCCUUUUCGCUUACUCUCUGAUGAACACGCAGCGUAUGUUUGAACAUCGAAACUUUUGGCGAUAGCUGGGACGUGGUCGUGGGUGACCUGGCGAAAGGGUCUUCUGAAACCGCCAUGUUCAAAUUCAGUCCAGAAGUUGUGGCGCGAGUCCUGGACUUUGGACUUAUUCACUCUUCUUCCACAGAAGGCAAGGCUUGUCUGGCACAAGAAAUAUCCACUUGCAACGACAAUGGCGAGUUUCUUGCGGGCUUGUUGUACUUGUAUGUUAUGGCGUCCUCGCCGUACGCCGUCCAAGAAUGACGUUCACUGCAACUAGUUAAAAAUCCGAAGGGUGCAACACCGACGCCUAUGUCAGUCCAUAGUCCCCGACCAUCAUUCUACGCAACGGCAGAGAACAUCGCAGCUCUUUUGUCACAUCCCACUUCCAGUUCAAGUAACGCUAAAAAGCUUUGAUGCGAGACAAUUAUCGGUAUAUACUGCCAAGGAAUGUGGACAAAGACAGCGCUAUCAACGGCCUGACAGUGAUCAAUAUGGAUGUGGGGGAGAGAAUGAGA